GUGGGAGAAGGGGCAGGGACUAAUCUGGAUAAACACUGAAGUACUCUAGUGUUUCUGUAGUUCAUUUCACUUUUCUUUCUCGCUGUAAUCAUGCACUUGCAUGUUUAUAAACCGCAGAUUUAUAACUGCCUCAUGUGGGUUUGCAGCAAACACACAUGACCUUGGUCUUUCUCAGGUAAGUUGACAUGUAGCUAUGACUAUUCAUAACAACAACAAACACAACAAAAAAGUUUUCUAAUUUCCAUCAUUAAGUGGGUAAUGCCAUGUUUUGCAGUGUUUCACAACGCUUCUAGCUGUUUAUGUAAAUAGCAACCAGACCCACCUUUAUCCACUCACAUAAAGACCUGUAAAUAUGAACCUUUUGUCUCAUUCCAUUUUUUUUUUUUCAAAAAAACUGAAAACUAAUAAUGUUGUAUAUUAUAUUGUGUUGCAUAAGCUUCAGUUAAGUACUCUAGUAAACACAAAAAAGUAGCAGCAAGCAUUUCUCUGUUUUCAUAGUACCAAAGAAUCCCAAGAAUGUUUUCCUGUGUUGUGUGAGGGAAGUGGCCGCUAGUGAUUCAGCACAUCUAUAUUAAGGCCAUUCACUGUAUUUCUUGUUUCUACAGAGAAUAGCAUUGUCAUCUAUACGCGAUACCCAUGUACCACAUGAAACUGUAACUGCUUCGCUGAUUACAACGCAGGUUGUAGCCUAUGACAUGGAACAGCCUGACUGCUGAGGACACUGCACAGCUCUGUUAUAAAGAUUUUCAUUUUCAUUGUUAUCAAUUAGGUUGCAGGUUAUUUCUGGUGUGAUGAAGAGAUUGCAGUAUGUUUAACUUUAUACAAUGAAUUCAUAUUAUAUAUAUAUAUAUAUAUUAACAUAUUGUAUGACAGAUUCAUAUUAAUUAAACAUGUUUAAUGCAAUAGGCUAUUUUAUAUUGUUGUACUGUUUGGUCAGAAAUGAAUCCAUUGGCACUAUUAAGCAUAAGAAUUAAAAACCAAAUCAAAUAUAUUAACUACUUAAAAGAUCAGAUGGCAAAUUUAUUUCUGAAGAUAAUUUUAGGUUUCACAUUUGAUUGAUCCACCUUUAACAUUGAAAUGCAAUUUGCAGUGAAACUCUCUGCUGCCCCCAGGUGCCUGCUUGUUUGCAUACAAAGGUAUACACCCCUGUCUUAUUACGGUGCAAACAAAAUAAUAAAACGUUUAUUUUUGAUUUAUCGGGUAUUUUUAGGUGUCACUUUGUUUAUUGCAUUUAGUUGCAAUUAAAUGAUUUUCUUGCACAACCUGUCAGUGACAAUUUCUUUUUGGCUAAUGGCGUGGUGCUCUAAUAACUGAGCUGUUGAUAACCUAUGAUGAUUGAUCAUUUAUUAUAUCUUCCCUAAUGCUCAUGCCUGCAUAGUAAUUGUGGGAAAAGUAAACAAUAGCCACUGGGGAAUCCAGUGACUGCAACAGUGCGCGUCAGACUGACAUUACUGCACGCGCUCAACGCUGUUCGCGCACAAGCGGAAUGUAAAGAGCAGUCAGAGGAAGGGGAUUGCAGGGGGACAUUUCCACAUUUCUCUAAAUGCAAAACUAAGGCUAAGUUGUGGGGGGUUGCUUAUAAAUUGUGAAAAUAAUAUUCACAGAAUAUUCCGGACUCCAAUAGAAUAUUUUCUCAAAUGUGCUGAAAGACGACGAGAAGUUGAAGAUUUGGAUUUUCGUUUUAAGGUGUGAAUUUCUCAAUUUGGACAGAGCACCAUGCGUAGGUUGCCGUGCCUUGCCUCCGAGCCAAGAGGAGAAAUCCCACUGUGCUACUGACAGGAAUUUACGCGCAGCUGAACAAGGAUGCCAGAGGAGCUUGCAAACUGCAGUGUGUGUUGCUGUACCACGACCAAUAAGAUACUCAUGGUGGUCUUCAUGAUAUCACUGAUACUUGCCAUACUCUUUGGAAACCUCUUGACAUUAGCAGUGGUCUUCGGAACUAAACAUUUCCACACUCCACAGGGUUAUUUAAAAGCCUCACUGGCCGUGGCAGACCUGGCUGUGGGAAUUUUUGUGGUACCCAUUUCGGUUUACGCUGAAAUAUCCCUCAUGAUCUACAAUUCAAUGCCGGAGUGGACAGCGCGCAAUUCCCAAUCCACUCCUUUCCACCCGUGCAGUUUCAUCGGACCUGUGUUUGCGGGAUGCACUUUAGUGUCCAUUACAACCAUUUUCCUCCUGACCAUUGAAAGGAGCAUUGCCGUUUUGAAGCCACUGCACAAGGAAUCUGUCAUAACUAAAAAAAGAACAAGCAUACUAAUAGUCUUUUCCUGGAUGGGCAGUUUUUUCCUGGCAGUAUCUCCAAUGGUUUUCAGUAAUGAAAUCGCGUUGGAGUACAAUCCUUGCAGCCGCAUGUGCAAUUACGCGCUGGGAAGCACAGACUUCCCAUCCCAGGCUUGGAACAUUCUCUUACUCUUCCCUGCCUUUGACUUUACGCUGCUCGGAGGUACUGUUGUCAUCAAUAUCAUAUCGCUCACCACAAUCCGCCAGCAUUCAAAAAGAAGAAAACAUCUCGCAGAGACAGAGAGGCAAAACGCAACGAAACCAACCUUCUCCGACAUCAAGGCUGCCAAGACGAUAGGCACUCUGACGUUGGCUUUCACUGCUUCUUUCACUCCCAUCGCCGUGUUUGUAGUUGGAAAUGUGUUGGGAAAUGAAUGGUGCACUUUUUCAUUUUUUGCCUUUUGGAUUUUGACCACUAACAGCUGCUGGAAUGUUAUUAUAUAUGGUGUGAGAGACCAGAAGUUCAGAAGUCGUGUGUAUCAGCUGCUCAUAUCCACUCAUUUGAACACUGUGCCCAAAAAAACUGAGUAUGAAAACACUGUAAAUGAGGGGAAACUCAAUGAGGAAAUAGUCAAGCAAACCUAAUUACUGAUCUUACUGAUCAAUAUCCCAAUUUAGGUGGUGCUACUGUGUUCAUAACAGGCCCCCCCAAGUUAGUAUCUGGGCAUUGCAAGGAAGCAAGCUGGUUAGUAGUUAGCGUACCAGCUACAAUGUUCCAUAAACUAGCUUAUAAAAAAUAGCUGGUUUGUUGCUGGUCCAAGGUCCACCUUAGACCAGCUAGUAACCAUUCUAAACACAGCUGCCACCUUAACCUGCCAGCUUUUCCAAUCUCCCUGGAUCAACUUGAGGUUAAAGGGUUAGUUCACCCAAAAGUGAAAAUUCUGUCAUUAAAUACACACCCUCAUGUCGUUCCACACCCGUAAGACCUUCGUUCAUCUUCGGAACACAAAUUAAGAUAUUUUUGAUAAAAUCCAAUGGCUCAGUGAAGCCUCCAUUAAAAGCACUUUCAAAUGCCCAGAAAGGUACUAAAGUUAUAUUUAAAACUUCGAAGCUUUACAAAUCUUUUGUUUCGAAUCAGUCGUUCGGAGCGCGUAUCGAACUGCCAAAGUCACGUGAACCAUUGAAAUUUCGAAACACUUAUGAUGUAACAAAGCAUCGUUUACUGAAAUCAUGUGACUUUGGCGCUCCGAACCACUGAUUCGAAACAAAAGAUUUGUAAAGCUUCAAAGCUUCAUGAAGUAGUGUUUUAAAAUCGCCCAUCAUUAGAUAUUGUUGAAUAAAGUUGUUAUUUUGUUUUGCGCACAAAAAGUAUUUUCGUUGCUUCAUAACAUUAAGGUUGAACCACUGUAGUCACAUAAACUGUUUUAAAUACGUCUUUAGUACCUUUCUGGGUGUUUGAAAGUGUAAAUUAACUUGCUUUCAAUGGAGGCCUCACUGAGCCAUCGUAUUUUAUCAAAAAUAUCUUAAUUUGUGUUCUGAAGAUGAACGAAGGUCUUACGGGUGUGGAACGACAUGAGGGUGAGUAAUUAAUGACAUAAUUUUCAUUUUUGGGUAAACUAACCCUUUAAGUGUCUUUCUUAAAGACAUAUUGUGGAUAUGGAUCAUCCCUUGUAAUCAAACUUACUAUGUUUUUAUUUUCAGCCUAAAUAUCCAACCAUUAGGCCACAAUUAAGGUGCCUAUGUGUUUUAAUGCCUUCAUAACCACCUAUUGAGUGGCAUCUGCUGCUAUCCUCAGGUCAACUGUUUUGAUUUAUACUAAACUUUGCAUGACUUUUCAUUGUCACAAGAUUUCACCAUGCAUUUGAAUAUACAUAAGCAUGGAUCACGAAAGUCCCACAAAUCUGCAUUGAGGUCCUUAUACAUACUUGUAACAUGGAUGCUUCUGUAGGAUGUUGAUUUGCUUUUGCUUCUUUUUUCAUUGAUACUGAGAACUGAUAUUUCAAGAUAUUGUGUUGCUUCAAUAAAAUGUUUGUGUGUAUAUAAAAUACACUCAACAAAGAACCGAUAUGUAAAGGAUCAAUGUAAACUCUUGGGAGCUAAAGUACAAAUGAAUAUAGGGUUAAUUGUUCAUUGGCUUAUGUAAUUUAAAAAAAAAAUAGGUCAGUGCUAGAAGGGUGUGUCACGAAAUGUCAUAAAACACAAAUGCAUUUCUCAUCAGUGUAUUCGCAUAGUUUGUUUCUCUUAUCACACAAGGGCCAGCACAUUACUGUAUAGAAUACCAAACUAUGGUUGAUGUUCAGUGAUUGAUUUAUUAUUUAUUCAGACCAUUAUUCUUUUGCACAGUUUUGUACUAUAUACAAUAAAGCAUUCUUC